ACUGAGUCCCCCGCACCCCUCAUAGGCCACUUUGGGUUCCCUUUUUAUCCCUCUCUCUCUCUCUCGGCUUGGCGUUCGAUCUCCCUUAGCAGUUCCGCCCGAUGAAGGACGCCGCCGCCGUCGGACCGAGGCUUUCCAAGAAGAACUCCGACGAUGAGGAGAGGAGAAAGAAGAAGAAGAAGAAGAUGAAAUCCAACAAGCGCCGUCGCCUCCGCCACUCCUCCUGCUCGUCUUCCGAUUCCGACGACGGCAGCCCUCGCUCCCGAAGGAAACGAGCGAAGAGGCUUGAGAAGAGGAAAAGGGAGCCCAAGAACGACGACAGGAAGAAGAGGAAGAAGAAGAGUAAGAAGAAGGAGAAGGAAAAGGAGAGGUCGCGCAAGUCGCGCAACCGCAGCGUCAGCGCGUCGAGCGGCUCGUCGGGCCGGAGUUGCUCCACCUGCCGCGGCCGGAGCAGCUCCUCCGGCAGUAGCGUCUCGAGGAGCCCGCCUCCGAGAGCGAAGCAGAGGGCGAGAAGUCGGUCUAGAGGGAGAGGGAGGGAUGGGGAUGCGGAGAGGGGGAGAGGUCGGCGGAGGAGGACGACAAGCUUCGAUCGGCGUGGGAGUAGGUAUCGGUCUCGGAGUUGCUCUACUUGUGGAGGGAGUCGGAGUAGCGGCCGGACCGGUGGAAGCGCUUGCCGAAGCCGAAGUUGUAGCGAGGAGAAGUAUCGGGAGAUUGAACAGCCGAGGCGGCAGCUCAGAUCGAUACUGGCUAUGGCAGAGGACAGAGAGGUGGUCGAAGGAGGAUUUCAUGGAAAGGAUGAGCAGGGAGACAGAAUUAUCCAAAGUUACGAUGAUUUCGAUAGGUAUGAUGGGGGCAGGAAGUCGGACACACAUCAAGAUUCUCCUCAGAGGAAUGCAAAGAAUGAUGAGGCUUUAGCAAAGAAUGGGAAUGCAAAGGACAGUGAAAUGGUGCUGAGUAUAAGUGGUGAGCAAACAAUUGAGAAUGCUGAUGGUGGUGGUGAUGAUUUUACUAGGAAGAAGAAAGACAACUCUGGGGGUCCGGAGGCUGUCGAGUUAGAAUCACAAUUAAGACAAAGGGCAUUGGAUAAUUUUGCAAAGUUCCGACGAAGCCUUUCUGCAAACACGAGGUCUACUGGUUGUCAGGAAGAUGACUCCAGCCAACCUCAUUGUGGCAAGGACCCCAUUAAAGUUGCUGAGGCACAAGAUGCCUUCAAAUCUUCAGAUGGAAAGUUCGCUGUUUCCCAUGAAUGCCAAGGAGGUGUUCAAGGUGAAGUCCGGCGAGCUGAACCCAGAGUUAGAUCUGUUGUGAAUAUUCCCGCUGAGAAAGAUACUUCAAGCCAUGUGAUUAGACGUCAAAGUUCCAGUGGAAGCUCUAGAAAAGAAAAUGAACAAGACCCAGAUAACUCCAACAAAGGCCAAAGUGAUCCAAACCAAUUAAACUGGAUAGAAGAGCCGUCUAACAAAAUGUCUUUGCAGCAUUCCUCACUAAUAAAAGACAGGCAAGAGAAGAGUGCAGCUGCUGAACCUGAAAGUAGCACUGUAUGUGAUGCUGCAGUAAAUCAGUCUGUUGGACAACCAACUUCAGCAUUACCUGCCGAUCAAAGAAUUGAAAGUGAAAAUGAAAACAAGGAUGAAGAUAAAGGGUCUCAGUUUCAACAAAAGACAUUCUCUAGGAUGCAUGAUGGAGAACUAGUGCAGGUAAGUUACAAGGUUUACAUACCAAAGAAAAGUCCUGCCUUGGCAAGAAGGCAACCACAACGGUGAAAAGUGUAUAGGUUGAGUCUCCUUCCUCCUAUUUCCAUUUUCAAUAUUGGCACUGGUGUCUUCACGAGGAUCAAGAUAUUUCACUACUGCAUAAUUGACUAAGAUUCAGGUUAUUAUUAUUGUAAAAAUUUAUGUUGAUAAACUAUUAUAGGUUUUCACAUGGCACCUUUAGGAUAAUAAAAUGAGUUGGUAACUUGGGAAUUCUCUUUCGUUGUCUCAAUACUUCAAUAACUGUUUUGGAAAAUGAUUGAUCUGACUCUGCUAGGUGUUUCAGUGCACAAAGUUUCUGUAAAUGUAGGGUCUGGGAAGGGUUAAUAUAGGCUGCCUUCCCGUUGGAAGCAGAGUAGCUGUUUCCAUUAUUCCAACACAGUCAGGGUAGGUUAUCACGCUGGCUGCAAAGAAAACAUUACACUGGUUGCUGUCCUUUUAUUGCUCAAUAUUUGUCUUUCUGACAUCUUAAGAUCUUGGCUCCUUCCAUUUGCUGCAUGAUGUUUGCUGUUGCUUGUUGAUUGUGUAUAUUGUAUAAUGAAAUUGUGAAACUGAUAGUUCACUGUUUCUGUGUUAAGUUCACUCCUCUUUGUAUUCUUGUAUUGUCAGUUCAAGUCCCAUGAGUACUAAUCUAUUGUCUUUAGGUAAUCUAUUGCAUGUAAAGUAAGUUAGAUUGAAAAGCAUUAACUUUGAGGCAAAUACAUGUUUUUUCAAUGAGUAACUAUGAAACCAGGAAGACUACAGACGACUUCGGUGGUGUUUUGCUUGUGUAUUUAUCUUAUUCUGGUGAUGCAUGAUUCUGUCUCUUAGCCAUCCAACUCUUGUCUGAAAAUAUAAGAAAAUGACCUUGGCUUUGUUUCUUAAUCUCAAACUAUUGAUUUUGAAUCAGACAGCAGAUGAGAACAACCCACUGGUCAAGCUUCCUGCCACUCUGUGCUUGGAAAGGAUCGCACAUAUCUUUGCUUACAUGACAUCUAUUUUUUCAGGACUUCAAUACGAAGCAUUAUUUUGGAUCAAAUAUAGAUUGGGUCUCAGAUUGAUAAUCAUGGACAAACUUUAAUUGCGUAGCAUAAUGAUAUAAGAACUAAUAAACCUUGCCAAACCUCAUGUUAGUAUGUGCAUAAACACGUAGAAGUCACUUUGCUUAGUAUAUAGGCCUCAUAAAAAGGGCAUCUUAAGAUCUUUGUUUGAGUCAGUUGUAAGAUAAUUUCAUCGAUAGUGUGUUCAUCUUUGUUCAAACUUACAUCUGACAGUCAGUAUGUUUAACCGUAUGCUUUCUUUCUUCAUUAUAAUUUGUUUUCCUUUUUAAUAUUUGUAUUCCUCGCUGAUCAUUAUUUAGGAUAUGAGUUGCUUCUUUUUAUCUCUUUUAGAGAUACUGAUGUUAAUAAAUCAUCGAUUUUCUCA